UGACCACGAGUCGAAACCCCAGCCACCAUCUCGUUCUCAUCUUUCUGUUCCACUGAAAUUCCCGGGGAACAAACACUCACUUCCAAGGAUAAAUCCUCAAGGUUGAUUUACACGCUAGUGGCUGUGCCGCGACGUGCGGCGAGAGACAUGUCUGUGCAGUGCACCGCAAACUCACUCCGGGCUCUUGCUGCCCUCCCGGCGCCAUCCCCCUCCCGCCGCCUGGCGAGAAAUGAAUUCCUUAUGCCAUGCCGCCCGAGUCGCACCGGUGCGCUGGUCCGAGCUGCGGAUUCUUCGCCUCCUGCCGCACCCGCGUCAUCGUCCGGAGCAGCCGACGACAAGGCCGUCAUCCCCGACGAUGAGUUCACCCUCGCCAAGGUGUCUUUUGGCGUGAUUGGACUAGGGAUAGGUGGCUCCCUCUUGUCGUAUGGAUUUGGGGCGUAUUUCAAUCUUCUCCCUGGUUCGGAGUGGUCUGCUCUGAUGCUAACCUACGGAUUUCCUCUCACAAUCAUAGGCAUGGCCUUAAAGUAUGCUGAACUGAAACCAGUGCCCUGCAUAACCUACUCUGAUGCUUUCGCUCUAAGAGAGAAGUGUGCUACCCCUAUCCUCAAGCAGGUCAGGAGUGAUGUUACACGUUAUAGAUAUGGUGAUGAGCAGCAUCUCGAUGAAGCGCUAAAGCGGAUCUUUCAAUAUGGUUUGGGUGGCGGCAUUCCAAGACGUAGUGCACCUAUAUUACAAAAGAUUCAAGAAGUAACUGAUGAUGGGAAAUACUGUUUAGUACUGGAAUUCGAAGCCAAAUCGUUGGAGCUAUCAGAUUUUGAGAAGAGGCAGGCAAAAUUCACCUCCUUUUUCGGUCCUGGAAUUAAGGCUGAAAUUGGAAAAGGUGGUGACGACCUAUAUGAAGUGCGUCUUAUCUCGGAGACCACAGAGGAAGAGUGACAGCGUUUGCAAUCCUAUUAUCUGCUAAUAUACAACAAAAUGAUAUUUAUUUCUUUUCCCCACUAAUUUGCAUAUAUAACGUUAUUAUUGUAAUAUACUCAGUAUAUAAUUUUGCUUUUGAGCUUUGUAUGUAGUUCCAAAUCUAGCAUCGUAUGUUCCAUGCAAAGCAUACAAAAAAGGCUAUUGUAAUAAAGAUGUAAAUUGACUUGA